AUGGCACAGUGGCAAUCAUGUCACUAUGGUAGUCGGGAUAAUGACUGUGGGCAGAGUCAAGCCAGUGUGCCUGUAGAGCAAAGCACUGUGGUGGUACUGCCACACUGUUUGUAUCCUGCAGAGAACACUGCUUCAAUAAAUCUGACAAGAAUUUUUGUAACUAUCUACAAUUUUGAUGGAAAUUCAGUACAACAUGGUCUGUCACUUGAUAUUGGUGAAUCUGUUCAGAUUUUAGAAGAAACUGAUGAAGGUUGGUUACGAGGAUUCUCAACUAGGCGAAAACAUAUCAAGGGUAAAGACACAAGUACAUUGAAACAUGGAUCAUUUACAAUGAUACGGCAGGUCAUGAUGGAACUCAUCGAUUUACGAAGACAGUUUGUGUCAGGAGACAGAACGCAAGAACAGAUCAUAGAAAUGAAAAAGAAAGCUACAUCCAAAAUAGACUGGGGUAACAGUCAGAUGGGACUAGACUUGGUCCCGAGAAUUGAUUACGAGACUGUCGAUUUGGAUAACACCAGUGUUGUGGAGUUGUUCAAAGUGCAUCUUAGAAGCAGAGAAGAGACCCAGAGUUCAUCAUUAAAAGGCACUGUUCGGAAGAAGAAAAAGAAAGAAGCCAUUCCCAUUCAUCAUUUAUACUGUGUACUUGAGAAGUUUGAAUGUCACAUCGGAGAAGACGCUGAGAUAUUCCUGUCAUUAUAUGAUGCAAAACAAUCCAUAUUUAUCAGUGAACGUUUCCUGACUAAGAAAAACAAAAACGAAGUGCGACCAACCAAUCUUACUGCAAUAUUCACAGAUCUUGGUGCAGAUGACUUGUCCCGUGAUUUGUACUUGGUUGUGCAAGUAAUACGAGUUGGGAGAAUGUUAUACAAAGAAAAUGAGAAAAAGAAGAGUGACCAGGUAUACAGACGGCCGUACGGUUGUGGAGCUAUAAGUAUUAGUGAUAUCUUAUCAGCACAUACAGAUCAGUAUGAUGAUGAACUUAAACAAUAUUUCAUUAAAGUUUAUUGUUGUUUAGGAUCUGAAAAUGACUUCUCGUCUCUUCAUGAUAACAUAAUCAAAAAACAGACAAAUAAAGUAAAUGUCUCCAACUCGCAGAUUCCAGGAAUACCGUUGAAUUUAAAAAUGUUACACGGCGAUAUCAAACAAGUCAAGUUAGAGAAUGCGCUGUUGUUUGCUGCUAGAGGGAUGCAGAUUGUCCGAAAGUUGGGAUUCGCCGAUGUCAUAAUGCCAGGUGAUGCUCGAAACGAUGUGUACAUUACCAUGGAGAGAGGAGAGUUUGAAAAAGGUGGCAAGAGCGUUGGUAAGAACGUGGAAGUGUCAAUGAAAGUGUUCGACAGCGAAGGAUACAUGUUAAAGAAUUCCAUCAAGGUUGGUGAAGGUGCACCGCCAAGGUCAGAAUAUAACUCGUAUAUAUAUUAUCACUGCAAUGUACCACGCUGGAAUGAAACUAUCAAGUUAGCGGUUCCACCGGAAAAAGUUGAAGGAUCACAUGUUAGAUUUGAAUUCAGACAUUGUUCCAACAAAGAUUCUCAAAAGAAACUGUAUGCGUUUGCAUUCAGUAAGCUGACCAGAUUGGACGGCGCUAUAAUACCAGACGGUACACAUGAGUUGUAUGUGUACAAGUGUGAUGAUGUCCACCAAUUUACCAAUGUGAAUGUUUACCUCAAUUUACCGAGUUGUCAAGCCGAUAUGAGACAUGUAUCGGGAUCUAUUGUUGGAAAUGCAACAUAUCUGAGAAACCUCAAGGAAAGUUUCUUCAUCAGAUCCAGAGUUUGUUCUACAAAGCUCUCACAAAAUCUUGACUUAGUAGCAUUACUAAAAUGGAAAGAAAACCCCCAACGAAUCCACGAUAUUUUACAACGAUUUCUGAGAAUAAGUGAAGAUAUCGUGAAGUGUCAAGAUAUUAUAGAUACAUUGUUCAAUAUAUUGGAUGAUGACGCCAAAUCGUUUGACAAAUUAGUGUUUCAAGCACUGGUGUUCAUCAUCGGUAUACUUAGUGACAUCAAGUAUCGGAAUUUAAGAACGGAUCUAGAUACAUACAUUGAGAAACACUUCGCCGCUACAUUAGCUCACAGACCUCUUAUUAGCUGUCUACGUCAGUGUGCAGAGGAUGCUGUUAACCCCAACUUAACAAGUCACGAGAAACAACAACAAAUACAAAGUUCUUUCAGAGCAUUACAUUAUUUAUUUAAAUUUAUUAUUCAAUCCAGACUAUUAUAUGAAAGGCAUGCUGGGGGACUUGAAGAGAAAGAAUUUAAAACCACCAUAAGUGAGUUAUUUUUAUCAAUGAAUACAAUGAUAACACUGCUUGGUAAUUUCAGUACUAUAUAUGACAGUUUAACACACGAUAAAGGAAAUGGACAAACAGUUUUUACUUCCCAUGAAGUUGCUACAUAUAUUAAUAAUUUAAUAAACAAUGUGGCUAGGGAAUUCGCAUCAACUGAUCUACAUGCAGCAAAACUAAGGUGUAUGAUAGAUACUGUGAAUGGUAGACUGUUUGAAGAGGAAGAAUCAAGGUCGUUACUACUGCCAGUUUUUCUAAAACAUAUUCAGUUACAUCUAAUGCAAAGGCAGGAACUCAAGCUUUGUGCAGAACUAUUGGGAGACGUUCUGUCUCUGAUGCAGAAAAUGGAACAAAAAGCGCAGACCCAGUCUACCAGUGGUGAAAUAGGCCAAAUUGUACACAUACUGUUAGAUAAUAUAUUACAGACUUUACUGACAAUCAACAGACAAGGAGAACUCGCAGGACCCUUUGUUGCUUGUUUCAUCGCAAUACUGAAACUCAUGAGAGAGGAGCAUUUUAAGAAACUACUGAGCAGUUUCAGUGAAAGAAAACCGCUCAAGGAGUUCAUCACCAGAAUAUUCAUGGUGUUCAAGGAGUUAGUCAAACAAGACGUCUUUCCAUCAGACUGGAUGGGGAUGAGGAUGGUCACUAAUAAUGUGAUUCUGUUAGCCAUUCCAUUUUUCUCACAAAUCUUGACGUCUCAUUUCUUGGAUAACGAUACUUUUGACAGCCAACUUUGGAGCAGUUUCUUUCAUCUCUCUGUGUCGUUUUUGACACAACCGUGUUUACAGCUCGAGACGUUUUCUGAAGUGAAACGAAACAAAAUCAAAGAUCAGUACGGGGAUAUGAGAGUCUUGAUGGGAUUUGAGAUAGUCUCUAUGUGGCAGAAUCUUGGGGAUCACAAAAUCAGUUUCCUCAGUCUCAUUGGUUCAUUCUUGGAAGUCACACUAGUCCCAGAGACGGAACUCCGCAGAACAACUCUUCCCAUAUUCUACGAUAUCAUGGAGUGUGAACAAAAAAACAGAGGAAACUUCAAACAGGUUGAAUCUGAAGUGAUUGAUAAGUUAGAUUUGUUGGUUGGUACUGAGAAGAAAGGAGAUGAAGAAUACAAGACACUGUUUUAUUCCAUAUUGUCUGAGAGAUUACAAGAUCAGCCGUGGAAGGAGACUGGAUUAUCAUUUGUCAAGACAGUAGCCGGAUUACUAGUGACAUUAUUAGAUUAUAGAACAGUGAUGAUGAAAGACGAGAAAUUCAAACAAAUGAGUUGUACAAUGAAUAUACUGAAUUUUUACAAAGAUGAGUUGAAGAAAGAAGAGAUGUACAAGCGAUACAUUUACAAGUUGCAUGAUUUACAUAUACCCGAUACGAACUAUGCGGAAGCGGCAUUUACAUUGUUGACAUUAGCCAAUAGUCUGAAGUGGAGCGCCAAACCAUUACAACAAGAUGAAAAGUUUCCAAAACAAACAGAGUGGCAGCGAAAAGAAUCUCUCUACGUGGAAAUAAUUGAUUUGUUAGAUAGAGGAAAGACAUGGGAGCAUGCAGUGCCGUUAUGUAAAGAAUUAGCCGUGCAAUAUGAAACCAAAGCAUUCGACUAUGCGAAACUCAGUAAAAUCCUGGAUAAGUCAUUAGUACUUAGAGCACGAGAAUAUGAAAGAGCAGACAACAUAAUAGAAAUGAUUCGGAACGAAUUUCCACGAUCUGAACUAUGGACCAAACACAAGCCACCAGAUCUAGAUAUACUCCAGUCUUCAUGUCAGUAUAUUGAAGUACGUAAGGUGAACCCAAUACCAAAUGAACCUGAACUAUUCCGAAACCAAACUGUACCUGAUAAAAUAAUGAGAUAUUAUGAAAUCAAUGAUGUUAGGAAGUUUUAUGCUGACAGACCAUUCCACAAAGGAGAGAAGGAUCCAAACAAUGAACUGAAGAGUAUGUGGUUGGAAAGGACUACUAUUACAACAUCUAAUAGUCUACCUGGAAUACUAAGAUGGUUUGAAGUGAUUGAUAAGACAACGGUUGAAAUUAGUCCCAUUGAGAAUGCUUUGGAGACAAUGAAUAGAAAGAACAAGGAGUUAAGGAGCAUCAUAGCUACAUACAGCUCAGAAGAAUUCAAGAAUAUAAGCCCCUUAAGUAUGAGUUUAAAUGGUGUCAUUGAUGCUGCAGUCAUGGGUGGUAUAGCAAAAUAUCAAGAGGCAUACUUCAUACCGGAGUACAUCAUAUCACAUCCACAAGAUGCUGAAAAGAUAGAGAAUCUCAAGAAAUAUAUUUUAGAACAAUUGGAGGUGUUGGAAUGCGGUUUAAGGUUACAUGGUGAAUUGGCGCCGCCAGAUGUGAAACCAUUACAUGCCAAAUUAGAAAAGAUGUUUGCAUCCAUGAAAGCUAGUAUUUCCUCACAGGGUUCUCCUAUUACUGGUCAUAAACCUUCGCCGUUACCAAAGCAACCAGUAAUGUCGCAAUCAGGAGGUCCUCCACCAAGUCCAUUCACACCACCAGAAGACAGCAAUACUUCAUUUCAAAUCGGUUCUCCACUACCGACACCACUAGAACCAAAACGGCCAGUGUCCGUGAUUUCUACGAGUUCCACAGGCUCCAACGAUAGCACAGGUAGUGGUGGCAGCGCUGUCACAGAGACCAUACUUGAAGCUGAUGAAGAACAAGCAGAUGAGAAUACAGUUCAGCUGGAUAUGAGUGCUCAAUCUCCCCCUAAAGUACCAAAACGACCAAGUAGGUUAUCUAGGCUAUCGAGUGAACCAACAAUUAGAAGUUCAUCACCAACGACACCUCCUGGUAAAGAUGCUCGACCUCUCAGCAUUAGUAAAUCAUUUAAAGAAGAAGUUAGACCGCCAGAUGUUCCAAUAAAACAGAGAGACAGAUCCCGAUCAGUAUCACCACCUCCCCUACCACCUAAACCUUUGGUUAGUCCUGGCAUGAAACCAGUUACAAGACAAACAACUGUUCAUGGGUAUUCUUCUCCUACUACACCACAAACCAUUUCCAGUCAGUCAUUCAACAGGCGACCAGUGCCGCCAACGCCAACAGAACAGUCACCCUCAACUUGA